UCUGAUCUGACUGCGUUGGUGGCCAGCCAAGCCCAAUUGGCAACAAGACGGGAGGAAUGAAUGAAGUAACUAGUUAGUUAUUAUUAUCACACAAGGUUCAAGAUUCAGAUUCAAUCUAAUUUAAUCCCAACUCUCAUGGAGACUUAUACACGCCCCCUACUACUUAUGUUCUUCUUUUCGGUUUUGUUUUAUGGUGCAGAUUCUUCAACAACCAAAGGAUCUCGGGCCCUCUAUGGUUGCGAUCAAUGCCAUCGCAUCAAGGAACAAGAUAUUUCUACUACUAGAGUCCGCAAUUAUCCUGAUGAAAAGGACAUUGAUAUAAUUGCAACAUACAGCGAUGCAACUGGCCAUGUUCGGCUAGCUAGGUUGAAAAUGAGGGGGUUAUCUGACUCCUGGAUCUGGGAAAACCCUACUCAUGGAAACAAUGAACAUCAAAUGAGCUCCCAGGGUCUGGUGGAAUCAUUUCAUACUGAUUCAAGAUUUGAAGACAAUCCCAAGCACUCCACAGAUGAACGUUAUCCUGAAGAAAGCAGAAUUAGGAUUCCCCAUUCCGCAUCAAUGACUCCGGUGAAGAUCAAGCGCCGGAUAAUGCGGCAAGAAAGAAGGAAAGCUCGUGCUGCUGAACUUAUUCAGCAAGACAAAGAAACCGACAAUCACAUUGUAUCUGCAGCAAUUGAACGCUCUGAAGGGUUUGAUACCACUGUCAAGGGAAAGUAUAGUAUAUGGAGGAGAGAAUAUAAAAACCCAAAUUCUGAUUCAAAUCUGAAACUCAUGCGAGAUCAAAUAGUAAUGGCCAAAGCAUAUACCAACAUUGCAAAGUCUAAGAACAAAACUGUUCUUUACAAAGCUCUCGUCAAACAUUCCAGAGAGAGUCAACAAGCUAUUGGAGCAUCCAAUUCUGAUGCCGAGCUUCACCUUGGAGCACUUGAUCGAGCAAAAGCUAUGGGUCAUGUUCUUUCUAUAGCAAAGGACCAACUUUAUGACUGCCUUUUGGUGGCGAGGAAGUUGAGGGUGAUGCUUCAAUCAACUGAAGAUAGUGUGAAUCUACAGAAGAAAAGAAGUGCAUUCUUGAUUCAGCUGGCUGCGAAAACCGUGCCUAGACCAUUGCAUUGCCUUCCCCUGCAACUUGCAGCGGAUUAUUACCUGCAGGGACAUCAUAAGAAAGUAAAUCUUGACAAAGAAAAGAUUGAAGAUCCAUCUCUUUACCACUAUGCUAUCUUUUCUGAUAAUGUACUGGCUACAUCUGUGGUUGUAAAUUCUACAGUGCAUAAUGCAAAGGAACCUGAGAAGCAUGUAUUCCAUAUAGUGACUGAUAAAUUAAAUUUUGCAGCAAUGAAAAUGUGGUUCCUCAUCAACCCUCCCUCUAAAGCAACCAUUGAAGUUCAGAAUAUUGAUGAUUUCAAGUGGCUGAAUUCCUCAUAUUGUUCUGUUCUACGUCAACUUGAAUCUGCAAGAAUCAAGGAAUAUUACUUUAAAGCUAAUCAUCCUUCCUCCCUUUCUGUUGGUUCUGACAAUCUGAAAUAUAGAAAUCCCAAAUAUUUGUCUAUGCUGAAUCACCUAAGGUUCUACCUUCCUGAAGUUUAUCCAAAAUUAAACAGAAUUCUUUUCUUGGAUGAUGACAUUGUAGUGCAGAAAGAUUUGACACCUCUUUGGUCAAUUGAUUUGAAAGGGAUGGUGAAUGGUGCAGUGGAGACAUGCAAGGAGAGCUUCCAUAGGUUUGAUAAAUACCUAAACUUUAGUAAUCCACUGAUCUCCAAUAAUUUCAGUCCUGAGGCUUGUGGCUGGGCAUUUGGCAUGAAUAUCUUUGACUUGAAGGAGUGGAAGAAACGAAACAUCACUGGAAUAUAUCAUCGGUGGCAAGAUAUGAAUGAGGAUAGAACCCUCUGGAAGCUUGGAACCUUACCCCCCGGACUAAUCACCUUUUAUAAUCUGACCUAUCCGUUAGAUCGGGGCUGGCAUGUUUUGGGACUUGGCUAUGACCCAGCUCUGAACCUAACAGAGAUAGAGAAAGCCUCUGUCAUUCACUACAAUGGAAACUACAAGCCAUGGUUGAAUCUUGCUGUUUCCAAGUAUAAAACAUACUGGUCCAGAUAUGUUAUGUUGGAUAAUCCAUAUCUUCAAGUUUGCAACCUUAGCGAAUAGUGAUUUUUGUGUACUUAUUUUUCCUCUUUCAGUAGCAAAUUUUACUUUUUUGAGAAUGGCAACAAAUGUAAUAUAUUUGUUUCUUAAAGAGAAACUCAAAUGCUAACAUUUUGAUCAGAAAAUGGUAAAGGGUAAAAUUUGUGUUGUGAGCGGCACGUCAUCCUGAAGAUUGC